CGUACCUAGAUAUCUUCAAAGCCUCUUGAGGUCCAAUACCCUUGAGUUCAUUGUCCUCCGUGUGGUACAUGCUUGAUGAUCAUGGCGUUAAGCACUCCGUACGGGGACAGAGAUGUGUUAUCUCCGUCGAGAGUACCCCAGGUAGGAACAUAUAAAAGACGAAGUAUCGACUGAUACUCAGGGCUAUCCCAGAGUAUACAACCUGAAUUAUUGCGGAGAGUGAUCACCACUCGCAAAGCCGUUGACAUCGUAACUCCUUAGGAGGCGCCUUGAAACGAUCCAUACAACGAGAACAUGGCGGACAACAAGAAGAAGAUCAUCCUCAUCACAGGAGCCAACUCAGGUAUCGGCUUCGAUACAGCCAAGGCCCUCGCGUCCGCAUCGGCAAACAAUCACGUCAUCAUGGCUUGCCGAGACGAAUCCAAGGGUCAAACCGCCUUUGAAUCCCUGCAGUCCUCAUCCCCCUCGCUCCUCGGGACACUCAGCCUUCUGCAGCUCGACAUCACAAACGACGAGAGCAUCUCGGCCGCAGUGGCGCAGCUCACUUCGGAGUUUGGCAGGCUGGACGUUCUGAUCAACAACGCGGGCAUGAUGAACCUCAAGCCCACCGACCGUCGAGCGGACCUGCUGAGCACGUACAACACCAACGCCGCGAGUCCAUUGAUCCUCACGGAGCAAAUGCUGCCUCUGCUCAAGAAGAGCGAGGACCCCAGAGUCGUCAACGUGUCGAGCGGGCUGGGCAGCGUGACGGACAGGUCCAACCCCGCCGACCAGUACUACGCCAUCCCGGGAGAGCCAUAUCGCAUGUCCAAGGCGGCGAUGAACAUGGCCACCGCGUGCAUGUACGCGAGUUACAAGGAUUGGGGGUGUAAAGUGUGGAGUUUCGAUCCCGGGUUCGUGGUGACAAAUCUGUCCGGGGCGGAGAACAGGGAUCGACGGGUCAGUAUGGGUGCCCAGAGUUCCGAGACCAGUGCCAAAGGGUUGAGGGAGAUUGUGGAAGGUGUGAGAGAUGGUGAAGUUGGGAAGUUUGUCGGACGUGAGGGUAUCACCUUUCCUUGGUGA